AUGGCAUUGAUAUUUAAACAUGUGGAGGUAACUCCAGAUUGUUCCAUAUGUGGCUUGCAGGAUGAAAGUCUCAUGCAUAUUUUUUAUUCAUGUCCUUUAGCGUUGGAGGUGUGGAGACUGUCGACUAUACAGCUGCCAAAUGCCAAUAUUGAUGAACCAAUAGAUGUUUGGUUUCAGCAGAUUUUCAAUUCUUGUGACAAGCAAAAAUUGCAUGUGUUCGCUGCUGUUAUUUAUUCCAUAUGGCAGGUGCAUAAUGAGGCAGUUUGGGAGGGGUUGGUGAGAAGGCCAAUAGGAGUGUGGCAGCUUGCAGCUUCAACGUGGCAGCAGUGGGGCCAGGCCUUGGAUGUCACUCAACUUGAUAUGCAUGUUUCCGUAGGGGAGGUUGGUGCGGCAAGUAUGUUCACAUGCAAGGUGGAUGGAGGAAUUGAUACUACUUUUCACAAGGCCACCUUCGGUGCGAUUCUGACUAAUGCCGUAGGAGGGUUUGUGGCAGCACUAAAUGGGGACAUGCAUUGCGUCUUGGAUCCAGUAAUGGUUGAAGCCGAGGCAUGCAAACAAGCUCUAAUCUGGAUUCGAACGAGAGGUGUGAUGGAGGUGCAGGUUCAGACAGAUUGCCUUAAUAUAGUACAGGUGUUGCAAAGCGAAAAGGAGGAUCGAACCUAUCUUGGUUCCAUUAUUCAUGAGUGUAAACAGACUGUUAAAGAUUUACCGCGUUGCGUUUUUCAUUACAUUCCUAGAUCAGCGAACCAAGCCGCGCAUGCUUUAGCAAAGGCGGUUGGCUCUCAGCCUGGUCCGAUGAGUUGGGAGGAUGUUCCCCCUCAUUUUAUUUCUGAAUUGAUUUAA